AUGCCCGGCCUCGACUACAACGAGCUUCCUCACUCUACCUCUGCCACCCCGGCCCCGGCUCCCAUCGCCCCCAUGGCCGUAGACGCCGUCGAUCCCGCUAACAAGCCGUCCAUUACAACCGACUCAGCAGUCUACUACAACGCGCGCCUUGACCCAAAGAACUAUCUGGAAGGCCCUCUCUCACACAACCCGGCAACCAGGCUCCGUCAGAUGCUUGCCCGCCCAGGCAUUGUCGUUGCACCCGGUAUCUGCGACGGUAUCUCCGCGCGUUGCGCGAUGGAGGCUGGCUUUGAGUGCUUGUACCAGAGCGGCGCGGCCACGACCGCCUCCCGUCUCGGUAUGCCCGAUCUUGCUAUCGCCACUCUCAACGACUUCGUUCAGAGCGCUUCGAUGGUCUGCAGUCUCGACCCUACUAUGCCCGUUAUCGCGGAUGCGGACACUGGCUUUGGUGGCCCCGCGAUGGUCGCGCGGACUGUUACUCAGUACGCCAAGGCUGGCGUUGCAGCUUGCCACAUCGAAGAUCAGGUUCAGACUAAGCGCUGCGGUCACCUUUUGGGGAAGCAGGUCGUCUCCCGCGAGGAAUUCGUCACCCGCAUUCGGGCAGCCGUUCAGGCUCGCGAUGCCAUUCCGGGCGGGUCCGACUUCGUGGUGAUUGCACGCAGCGACAGCGCACAGGUUCUGGGCAUGGACGAGGCCAUCUUCCGCCUCAAGCUUGCCGCUGAUGCCGGGGCUGACGUUUGCUUCAUCGAGGGUGUCCGUACCAAGGAGCUCCUCGAGCAAACCGUCGCCGCUCUCGACCCGAAGCCCGUCCUCGUUAACGUCAUCUCUGGCGGUCUUACUCCCUCCUUCACCUACGGUGAGGCCGAGGCCAUGGGCGCGAAGAUCAUCAUCUUCUCCCUCGUCAGCUGCGUUGCGGCUGUACAUGGCAUCCGUGCGGCGAUGCGCUCGCUCAAGAAGACCGGUACCGACUUCAGCUCGGCACAGGGCAUGGACCCGAAGGCAUUCUUCGAGGUGAUGGGUCUCGACCAAGUUGUACAAGCAGAUGCCCGGGCAGGAGGCAGCGCUUUCAACGUCAUCUAA